AUGAAAAAAACGAAUUCGUCGCUUCUUCGUGAUAUUCAAUACUACUUUUUAAACACAACUCUUUUUGAAUUAGCAUCGUCAAUUUCGCAUUAUAUGGGACAAUGCAGAAUGGUGAGUAAUCGCGAAACAUUAGCUGUAAUGUGUUUUGGCCCGUGCAAAAAUUACGGGACCUGGGUGUGCAACAUUUUCUUCAUUUUUACCAACACAUUUUUGGUAGCCGCAAUUUUCUCAGUGCUUUUGUCAUUUUACUAUCGCUACCAAUUGAUGAAAGUCGAAAUUUAUAAAAAGUUUCGCCACAUAAAAAAUUUUGCUCUAUUUGCAAUUAUUCCAUUGUCAUCUAUGUUUUUUCAAAUUUUCACGGAAACAGAUUGGGAUGUCGUGCGCCAGAAAACGAAAGAAGAUCAUCCAUUCUAUGAUUUUAAAAAUUAUGAAUUAUUCGGCUAUUCAAAUGCAAAAAAGCUAGCUGCAAUUUUAGCACAAUCAUUUAUAGCUAUUGGGGUCUAUGUAGUUCCAAUCGUUGCCUUAUUUUACAGAAGAAAAAUCAUUAACAUUUUGAGCCUUGCUACAGGUCGCAAGUUCUCAGUGGAAUAUUGUAAAUAUCUAGUAACGGGUCUCACGAUUGAAGCCAUAUUACCUUUUUUUCUUUAUUCUCCUGCGUUUACAUAUGUAACAUAUUGCCAAAUGACAGGUGUUUCGGAAUUAAGUAUUGAAUACUUGUUGGCAGUUACCGGAACAUUUACAUGCAUCAUUGAUCCAAUUCUUCGUAUUUAUUUCGUUCUUCCUUAUCGCCGAGCGUUCACCAAAUUGUUCCACAAACCAUUCGAUUCUGUUGUGGAUUCGCUACAUCAACAUACUAGCAGUCAUUUUCCAUCAAGAAAGAAUAAUAAUAAUAAUAAUAUAUCAAUUGUUGCUACGUAA